AUGAAAGAAAUAAAAGCAAAACAAUAAUUAAAAGCAAGUGAAGGUGCACAUUUUUUUUACUAUUUAAUAUUUCUAUCAGCAUCAGGAAUUAUUCAGACUUAAUUUAUUGAACAAAAAUGCAAUUAAAAUCUUCAGCUAUCUGUUCAUCUAGUUUUAUAUGGAUUAAUUAUUUGGGGAACUUAUAUUCUUAUUACUUUAAUUCCAAAGUAAUAUGCUUAAAUUGCUAUUAAUCUUUUUUUUAACUUCUUGGAUAUUUGUUUUGGAAUCUAUAUAGUUUUGUUAUUAUUUUAUUGGGGAAAGAAUAUAUUAAUCACCUAAUGAUUGUCAAACAGAAGUUCCAGUGUUAUUUUUCUUCUAAGAAACAUUUUUGUUGGUAUUUAGUAAUUCUAAAAAUAAUAGAUUAAUGGUAUCGUUUUUAUAAUUUUAUUUUUGUCAUUUGUUUCAUAUAUACUUAAGAGAUUUUCAAAAUCUUCAUAAGUUUAUGAUGAAAACAAAGAAGAAUUUUAUGAUGCUUGA